AAAUGUUGGUUAGAACCACUCACUUCAAUUCUCCUUUUUCCACUAUACACAGAAAUUAACAUGUAUACUAUUUUUUUCUCUUUCCAAUACACAACACACAAACACAAACACACUAAACGGACCACCUUUGACAACAGGCGGCGCCACUACACCAAUGUCGUGGAAAAAGUCUCCCCUCUCAUGGUUCCUCCACUUGUCACUGAUCUCUUGCUGUCAAAUCAACUUGCAUUUCUCUCUCACAUCCACAAAUCAGUCCAACCAAUACUCCAACUAAAAACUAGGACUACUACCCCUUAAUUUUCACCAUACAACCCAACAACAACUAUAUAUCACUACACCAACAAACUCCACCUUUCUUUCAUGCAUUAACUCAUCACUUCUUCCUCUCGUCUAUCUGUCCCUUUUUUUUCCUCUCUUUCCCCUCCCCUUUUCUUUUUUUUUUCUUUUUUUAAUUUUUACCAUUCAACACAAACACAAGCAUUUUCAUGAUUUUAUGGCUUUGAUUGUGGAUCAACAAUCAAACUUCAAACACUUUUGUAAAAUUUGCAAAAAAGGAUUUGGUUGUGGAAGAGCUCUAGGAGGACACAUGAGGGCGCAUGGAAUAGGCGAUGAAGCGGUGCACAUGGACGAUGAUGACCCUGCGAGCGAUUGGGAAGGCGGUGGUGGUGGCAACAACGUGCCACCGAGCAACAAACGCAUGUAUGCUCUGAGAACAAAUCCAAACCGGCUUAAGAGCUGCAGGGCAUGCGAGAAUUGUGGCAAGGAGUUCUUGUCUUGGAAGUCUUUCCUCGAACACGGGAAAUGCACUUCCGAAGAUGCGGAGUCUCUCGUUUCCUCUCCGGGGUCAGAUGCUGCCGCCGAUGAUGACGGUGGCCGGAGAGGUUGCGGCUGGUCAAAGAGAAAAAGGUCGUUAAGAACAAAAGUGGGAAGCUUCAAUUACAAUUGUCCUUCAAGCGAGGAAGAAGACUUGGCCAAUUGUUUGAUGAUGUUAUCCAAUGCCAUUGUGGAUCCUCUCGUGGCAGAGCCUGAGGAAUCAUGUGCAUCGGCUAGCCGGGAUGAAGAACGAAGAAACCCCAUGAAUUUCAUUGCUCCUUUGUCAUAUAGAGUCCCUGAUAAGGCCAAAGGUGUUGCCAAGAGCGGUUUGUUUGAAUGCAAAGCGUGCAAGAAAGUUUUCAACUCGCACCAAGCAUUGGGCGGGCAUAGAGCGAGUCAUAAAAAGGUAAAAGGUUGCUUCGCUGCAAGACUAGAUAACAACCUCGAUGAUGGCUUUGCUGGAGCCGAGGAUGACCUCUUCAUGCAGGAAGAGCUUUACCUUGCAAAAUCAAAUUCCACUCUUCAAUUUGAUCAUGGCACCACCAACAACAACCCCACAUUAUUGGCUUCUUCUUCUUCCAAGAAAAAAUCCAAAGUGCACGAAUGUUCAAUUUGUCACAGGAGUUUCUCUUCAGGGCAAGCCUUGGGAGGACACAAAAGGUGUCAUUGGAUCACAUCAAACGCACCAGACACAUCUACACUGGCUAGAUUUCAACAAUUUCAAGAACAUUUGGAUCAAGUGCCAAAAUUUGAUCCCUCUUCUGAGCCAAUUGAUCUCAAGCUAGAUCUCAAUCUUCCUGCUCCAACAACAAAUGAUCUUGCUAGAAGGAAUGUUUCUACAGAAUUUUACUUGCAGCCAUGGGUUGCUACAAAAGAUGACAAUAUUAAUAGUCCAUGUCAGAGUCAUCACCAACACCUUAAUAACCAAGUUGAUAAUGAAAUUAAUAAUGAGGACAAAAAUAAUAACACCUGCAACAACACAAAUGUUGAUAAUAAUGAAGCUGAUAAUAAGGUCAAGUUAGCUAAAUUGAGUGAACUAAAGGAUAUUAACAUUGGUAGCAGUUCUUCGCCAUGGUUGCAAGUUGGAAUUGGUUCAACAACUGAUGUGAGGAUUGAUGCCUAAAUUUUUUGACAAAGCACUGCCAUGAUCGGAAUUUAUUAAUCGAUUUGGGGUGUUUUCUUUGUUUUUAAUUUUUUUUUACUUUAUAGGGUAAGUAUGUAUACAAAACACAAUCAUAUUUUUAUCUGUUUGAUCACUUAUAGUUUUUGUUUCCUCUCAUGUACAUGAUCUAAAGUUAUAUAUACUCU